AUGGCCAAUAUGGACCCAGCCGGUGGCUUGCCAGAACGAUACCCGUCCCCACCGCAACAGCAGAGCGGCUUACCUUUCUAUCAGGACAACAACGCGUCACAUGAAUACGGACGCGAUGAGCGACAGCAAGAGGAGGCUCCACGGACAGCUCUAGAGCAAGAGCGCAACAAUGGCGCGCAGGACGAUGCACAAUUACGCGCGAGCCUUGGAAACGCGCUGGGUGGGUUUCCUGGUUAUAACGCGCCUGUGCCGCCGCCAUAUCCGCCGCCAGCGAUGAUGCAGCAGCAGCAACACCAGCAACAACAACAACAACAGCAGCAGCAACAGCAAGGACCCGGGCCCGUGCAAAUGACCGACUCACCUGACGCCGGAGCCUCUAAGAAAGAGCGUACAAAGGUCAGCCGAGCAUGUGACGAGUGCAGGCGGAAGAAGAUCCGAUGCGAUGCCAUAGACGAGUCGGGACAGACGGCUUGCUCCAACUGCAACAGGACGAAUGCAAGGUGCGCCUUCAGCCGACAACCCAUGAAACGUGGGCCGAGCAAAGGCUAUAUCAAGGAAUUGGCCGAAAGACUGAACAGUCUGGAGAGUCAAGUCCACGCGCCUGGCGUAUCACCACAUGCGCGUUAUGAGCUGCAGCAAGUCCAGCAAGCCAUGGCAGCCGAAGGCUUUGGACGCGACCAGCUUAUCGACCCGCGUGUGGGCGACAAGCGAGCAUGGGACGUCGCUGAGAACAUGCACAAUGGGCAAGCUCACAGUGGCGCUGCCGCAGCUAUUGCGCAGAUGCAGGCACCGCAAAGGACAAUGCCGCUCAACCCAUAUACGGCUCCACCAGCACCGCUACAGCAGUCUCAUAAUACGAAUCAGCCGCAGCCUUUCUGGCGUCCUGGUGCGAGUAACAUUCGUCAGGAGCCGGUCGGCCCUCCUUAUGAGACUGACGACAACGCGAGUGUGAUGUCCUUUGAUUGGGACGAGGAUGUGAUUGAUGAGUAUUAUCGAAUCAUCCACCAGACAUUCCCGCUCCUCCCUAGCAGCAAGCAUCGUUUACGGCAAAGUCUGGCAGAGUGUCCGGCGAGCUUGCGCGAAGCUUGUCUGGCUGCGCUGGAUUGUCUCAUGAGGACGUUCCCAACCACUACUCUAGGACCAAAUCCAGCGUACCACACAGCGCUGAAGAAGGCGGCAGAACUGCUUGCACGAUACCCUUUCGACCACCCAAGCAGUCACACGGUCUCGACGAAUCUGGUCUACUUGCAGACGCUAUUGCUCAUGGCACUGGAAAGCGAUAAUCACGGUCCUGCCACUAUUCGAGGCCAAGCUGGACCGUCUCGUGCCGAAUGGCUAGGUCGUGCGGCAGGUGUGGCAGGUCAGCUUGAGAUCAAUAUGAUCAGGACAGGCAGCCAAUCGUUCAUGGAAGGUGACCGUGACAGCGAGGAACGACUCGCAAGACGAGUAUGGUGGGUCCUUUUCAUCCUAGAUCGCUGGCACGCCUCAUCCACAGCGGACCUGCUGAAGCUACCCGAGAACAGCGUGGUUUUGCUACCAGAAGACCAGAUCCUGCUCGGCGAAAGUACAUAUCAUCUAGCACGACUCAGCUUCAUCAUCGGACAUCUGGCAGCCAUCCUGACGACUACGAAGACACCAAGUACAGAUGUGAUGGCGCCAUCCAAUCCUGCCUCAAGCCUACUCGGCCUGACAUUAGCAGAGCCGAGUGAGCUCGUGGGUCAUGCGGUCAAAGUGGCAACAGUACUCAACAGCCGCCUCACACCCGUCACACCACUAAACCAUCACUUCGCCGCACUCUCAGCCAUGACCCUCUGCGAGCUCUGCGACGUCCCCAAGACCCGCGACGAAGCGCUGAAAGGGCUGGAUGUCAUGAUCGAGGCGCUUACUGAAGGACGUGGACUGGCUGGGAAGGAGAAGGGCGAGGGUUGGGAUGAGGCUAUUCGGGAAUUGGUCACUGCUAAGAAGCGGCGGCUGACUGGCGGUGAUGGGCCGGGUCAAGGUGUGGAAGGUGAUGCUGUUGCUGGAGGAUUGCAUGGGCUUGCUAAUGCUGCGGUGGGAGGUGGUGGGAACGCCGAAAGGUUGGAUCCAACUUGGUUGACGAGGUACGGAUAUUUGACUGCGCUUGGACAGGGCAUGUUUAAGACGAAGUGA